AUGAUGUCACUAUUUCACAGUACUCUUGGAAUCCAAUCCGUAGCCGUAUACAGAAGGAAAGAGGGAUUCUUAAACUUGGGGCAUCAACUUCCAGAUCUGGUGCAGAAGGACUAUGAUGAUCCAAAGGAUUAUAGUGAAAUGUCAAUAGCCAAUAGAUCAUUUCAUGCAGAUGCAAUUUAUGACAUGAAGUAUGGUGGUGGUGGUAGAUCUUCAACAAGAGAAACUAUUGAGAGAGUUGCUGCUGGGGCCGUUGCUAAGAAAAUCCUAAAGAGCCUCACUGGAACUGAGGGAAUCAAUGACUUGGUGACUUGUAUUAUGGCAGACCGGGCUCAUCUGGAGGAAGAGGUUAGGGAAAGGCGGAAGCUGUGCUUUGUUGCCAAGGCUGCCUUCAAGAGAUGGAGGGUGGAGAAGGCGGAGAUGGAGGAGCUCUCUGAGAGAAAAAGGGAGUUCGAAAUAUUGUUAGAACAGACAAAGGGCUAUUCUCACUCCUUGCAUGGCGACCUAGAAAUUCUUAAAAACGAAGUCCUUGGGCUUCGUGAUGAAGUACCCCAUGCCCAAGAGGUGAAGGUCAGGGAUGACUUCGCAUCAAGGCUUCUUAAGUCGGAGAGAGACUCUACUAGGGCUUAA